CUGCGCAGAGCGCGGAGCUGCAGUCGAGGCGCGGGCGCGGAGCCGGUGGUGGAGCCGCGGGACGGUGCGGGGGCCCCGCCGCCCUCGGGGCGAACCGGGCAUGAAGCGACGGCUGCCGGCUGCGGACGCCGGGCUGGGCACUGAGCUGCGCCGCCUGCCGCACUAAGGCGGCGACGAGCCCCGAGGCGAACCGAGGCGGCGCGGCGGGCCGAGUCCGAGGCGAGCCCCGCGGCUGUUGGCGGGCGCGGCAGCGGCGGCUCCUGCCAGCAGGCUCCCCUGGGCUGGCGAGGGGCUGCGCGGGGAGGGGGCCGCGGCACCGCCCCCGCCUCCUCCCCUCCCCUCGCCGGGCCGGCGCUCCCCCGCGGCGGCGGGCGGGCGGUAUGAGCGCGGCGCUCUGAGGGACCGGCGGAGCUCGGCUUCCCCCGAGCAGCCUCCCCUGGGAGCCGCGGCGGCGGAUCGGACUCGGCUGGGACCUGCCAUGACUCCCCUGGCUCCUCCCAUGGCAUGAGCCCGAGCUCUCCUCCCCGCUCCGCCCGCUUUUGGUCUCUCUCCGCUCCCGGGCUGUCAGAUGGGAUAGGACACACCCGGGCGUGCGGGGCUCGACGCUGCCGGGGAGAAGCGGCGGAGGCAACCGGUGACGGCCGUCGGCUCGCCUGGAGUCGAAGAUGAGCUGGCGGUGGGCUCGCCAGCACUGGAACGGCGGCUCCUCCGUGCUGCUGCUGCUGCCGCUGCUGCUGUGGCACGGCCGGGUCCGGCCGGCCGGCGCCGACAACGCCAGCCAGGCGUACUACACCGCGCUCAUCAACGUGACGGUGCUGAGCCCCGAGCGCGGCGGCCCCACGCUGCUGCGGAUCGACCGCGGCCGCUACGGGCAGGACUCUCCGAAGGUGGAGGUCAAGGGGCUGCUCGUGGCUCCCGUCCCUAUCAACGGAGUUGCAGAUCGUCUGGGCUGUGACCCUCGAACACGUUUCCAGGUCCCACCAAACACCAAGCAGUGGAUUGCUUUACUACAGAGAGGAAAUUGUACAUUUAAAGAGAAAAUCCUGCGAGCAGCUUCACAUAAUGCCACAGCUGUGGUCAUUUACAACAAUGUAUCCAGUGAAGAACCUGUCACAAUGACUCAUCAAGGAACUGGAGACAUUGUUGCUGUCAUGAUUACAGAAUCGAAGGUUAAGGAGAUCCUGAAUUACUUGGAGAAGAAUAUCUCUGUCCUGAUGGCCAUAGCAGUGGGGUCCCGUGUUCCUCCAAAGAACUUCAGUCGGGGCUCUCUAGUCUUUGUGUCAAUAUCAUUCAUUGUUUUGAUGAUCAUUUCUUCAGCAUGGUUAAUAUUUUACUUCAUCCAGAAGAUCAGGUACACAAGUGCACGUGACAGGAAUCAGCGUCGUCUUGGAGAUGCUGCCAAGAAAGCCAUUGGUAAAUUGACAACCAGGACAGUAAAGAAGGGUGAUAAGGAAACAGACCCAGACUUUGAUCAUUGUGCUGUCUGCAUUGAGAGUUACAAGCAGAAUGAUGUUGUUCGCAUUUUGCCAUGCAAGCACGUGUUCCACAAAGUCUGUGUGGAUCCAUGGCUCAGUGAGCACUGUACAUGUCCAAUGUGUAAACUGAACAUUCUGAAGGCACUGGGAAUUGUGCCCAACGUGCCGUGCACGGAUAACGUCGCCUUUGACAUGGAGAGGCUGACGCGGGGGCAGCCGGCGAGCAGGCGCUCGGCGCUCGGCGACUUCGGCACCGACAGCUCCCUCAGCCUGGAGCCCCUGCGCACCUCGGGCAUGUCACAGCUGCCACAGGACGGGGAGCUGACACCGAGGUCAGGAGAGAUCAACAUCGCAGUGACAAAAGAAUGGUUUAUUAUUGCCAGUUUUGGCCUCCUCAGUGCCCUUACACUCUGCUACAUGAUCAUCAAAGCCACAGCUAGCUUGAAUGCUAAUGAGCAGUCACUUCUUCCAUCGUAACUCUCUGUCCCCUCGAAGCCUGGUCUACGAGAGCGAGUUCUCAACCAUCGAGCCUGCCUUGGACAUGUACGACGAGAACAAAACCUGAAAGGAAUCCAUGCUCCUUCCUGGCCCUUUUUCCGUUUUUUUCAUUUCUCAUUCCUAUUGUUGUGUACUCUUUCCAUGGAUCUCCUUUGUCUGAAGAAGAGCUGCUUUUUCCAGAACACGAACCCGCCUUCUCGUUUGCACAGACGAAGACCAGCUGUGGUGGAUUCUGAGGGUGGCAUCUUUGAGGUGACAAAGAGCUGUGACAAGCAAGGUUGUCUGAUGGAAAUUGCUGAGUAACAGCAUGGGGAGCUGUGUCGGCCCAGCCGCGGCGAUGCAGGAGAGGUUUUACGGUGGCCCUAAGAGUUUGUGCUGAACUGCAAAUGUGUCUCUUACACAGGCAUCUGCUGUUUCCAAUUUUUUAGUUGUCCAGAUGGUUGGGCAAUGUCAGAAAGGGAACUGGUUGUAGAGGAGAUGGCCAGUGACUGGUAAAAGCACUCGUAUAUCUUGGUCAAUCCAUAACCUUACUGUGAAAUAUCCCCUUCUGAGAGGGACCUUUAUAAGUGCAUUGAGUUUCCUACAACCCACUUAACCCCGGACAGUGGCAAGCCAGUCUGAUGUUCAAGCUGCAGAGAGGACCUGCAUUUGCAGAAAGAUUUCAAGGAACUUGAUGCUUGGAUUUUUUUUUCUCCAAUUUGGUUGAAGCAGGAGAAAAAUGGUAUACACAGAAUAUACUUUUGGUCCUUCUGUGUGCUGAAGUCAAGUGAGUCUCUUUGUGUAGAGAGGACAUUCACAGAACCAGCACUUGAUCUACCUAAAAACCAUUAGACUUUUUGAAAUAUGCAGGAAUCAAAUAAGCUUUCUUUCUCACGUAACUUUUUUUUUUUGGGGGGUGGGGGGUAAAAAAUCCACCAAAUUUUUCACUGAGGUUUUUUAAAAGCCAGCAUGUUGGCAUUACACAGAGAAGAAAAGAGGUAAGCUUCUUAUCCCACUCUCCUGUUGAGAUCUGCAACAGUUAUUUAACAAAUACGUUCUCUGAGCUGUGCCCUUUCCCACUGACAUCAAUAACGGGAAUGCAGAAAGCAGGAGAAGAAAGGAAAGCAGCUACUGCUUUGACACGCUGCAGGAAAAAUCAAUUUUUACCAGCAUGUGACAAAAGCGGUGGGGAAAUGGAUAUUGUUUGCAAGCUUCUGAGAGAACAAUGCAGAAAUGGAGAGCGAGAGAGGAACCUCUGGAGCUAAGUCAUGCACAGCGUUCCUCAGAUGAGCCGACAUGGAGGAGCGAGCGCUUCUGCUCCACCGUUUCCUACCGGACAAUGCAUAGAUGUUAAUGAAUGUUUGGAUUUUUCUCCAUUGCAGUCUGAGUUACUGUAGGUGUAGAAACUCAUUUGUGUCCUUGUAAUGUGAAACACAGUUUCACCCUCUGUAUAGGAAUCUUGAGAAAUCAGUUAAGCCAAAAAGAAAGGUAAGACUUAUCCUGCCAUGCUUUAAUUUCACCUGCUUUUGCAAGCAGGGGAAUUUCCCCUCCUUUAUAAUGUUUUUAAUUAUAUAGCAGUCUGCUUAACAUAUAUCCUUUUCUGAAGUGUGGUUCAGCUGUGUAUUUAACAUGGACGUUCAAGAGAAAAAGAAAAACCCAGCUCUGUAAAAUGAGGAAAUGAGCCUCUUUGCCGAGCAUGCUUUGACUUUUGUUGCUGUGCAUCAGCUUUAUUUAAUCUGAUAAUUCAAGAGUGGGUGGCAUGAAGUGUAGGGAGGUUUUUCUCAUAAUACCCACAUUGAUAUUUACCAAAUGCACUUUUAUUGCCAUUCAGCUCUCUCUGGAAAUGCGCUGAAGCCCCAGACUUUUUUAAGAGCACAAUUUUGACACCCACUUUCUCCUACAAAGCAGAAGUGAAGGUCACAGGAAGUGCCACAGGGGCUGGGGCAGCAGCGGCUCGUGGUCAGCAUCCCUCCUCUGGUGCGGGGCAGGCAGCGACGGCUCCGCCGGCAAGCCCAGGCACAGCUCCCCAUCCCAGCCUGGCUGAGCUGCACCCAAGCCCAGGCACAGCUCCCCAUCCCAGCCUGGCUGAGCUGCACCCAGGCCCAGGCACAGCUCCCCAUCCCAGCCUGGCUGAGCUGCACCCAGGCCCAGGCACAGCCCCCCAUCCCAGCCUGGCUGAGCUGCACCCGUUCGGGGCUCAGGGGCGGCAGAAGGGCUGGUUGAGCAGCCCCUGUUUUUGUAAUUACAUCUGUGAGAUCAGCAGGGACACGUGGGAGCGGCGCCUUGGGAACGCAAAUGCCCGAGAGGAAAAUCGCCGUCUCUCAAGGAUGUUAUGGGGUUUGUUUUUAUCCAUGGGGGCAGUCAGGUUAUGAUAAACCCAGAUACCUGGGUUACCUGGCCCAAUGCCAACGUGUCUUGUUGUCUUCCAGCCAGCACAGAGCUGCUCUGGUGGGGUUUUGGGUAGGACAGGCUCUUGUAGCACCGUGUGGGGUGCUGACGCCCCAACCAAAUCCUUCUCAUAGGGGCUGCCCCAUUCCAACAGAGGGAUUUCCCCUAAGGCCACCGGGAAUGUCACUGGGACAGUUUCAGCACAAAACCAAACCUGAUGAUUUCUCAGCUCCAACUGAGACCAUUUGCAGGAGCUGUGUGCCAGAAUAUACAGAAAAGCUAGAAGAGGCAUGGAAAUUAAAAAUUAGAAAGCACAAAUCCCCCCAAACACAAAAUAAUAACAGUGUCAUUUGUGUUCUGCUAAAUCUUAUUUCUAACUGAAUAUCUUGGCUUUAAGCAACAGGAGGGCAGGUUUGUCUCAGUGGAGAUCAGGAUCUGGCACAGCAAUGUAAAAAUGGAUUUGUGCUGAAGGAUCUUGGAUAGGGGAGCAGGUAUUUGUAGUAGACAUCCUGGAUUUGGGACAUCUUGCAACACUGGAAAAAUUAAAAGCUUGUUCAAGCAAUCAGUCCCUACGUGAGUGCCAGGACGUGCUAGAGCAGGCCUUCCCCAGUUAGUCAUAUUUAGUAUGGGGAAGAGGCACCACAGCAACAUGGGUGAUUUUUUUCUGGGCUGUGCUGGUAAGUUUGAGGUUUUCCUUUUAAUAUUAAUCAGUAUAUAAAAAAAGCUUGAUGAGCAUUGUUGUUCUUGUUCUGCUGCAGUGGUGCUGUGUGUGGUUGAGUCAUUUCACAGAAGUAAAAUAUACGGCAACCUACCAAGCACUGUAAGUGCCAGUAACUUGGAAAAUCAUUCUCAAGGUUAAAAAAAAUUGCUUUUUUUAACAGGAAAACAUUCAGUUUAUGAUUUCUACGUAUAAGAAAAAAGCUUUUAUCUCCAAGUGUUUUCCUACAGUAUUUAAACCCCAACACUUUGCCUUCUCUUUCUCAGCUUCCUUUUCUAGGAAAGUUUUGCAUGUUCCCAUAAGACAUUUGUAAAAUCAAGGUUUGCUUGUGUUCUUAGAGGAUAAUUGCCAGUAAGAAACCAGACUGUAAGUGUGCUUUUUACCUAUAAUACACAACAUUAAUUAUUAAAUUUGAAGCAUGUUAAAAUUUACCUAACGACCCUCACAAUUGCUCUCUCCAGUGAGCUCAUGUGUUGGAAUCUGCAUUGUCCCUUUGCUCUAGGAUGCUUGCCCUGGCACCUGAGGAUGCUGUUGGAAUAGCCAGGUGUCCUGCAUUAGCCAAAGAAAAACCAAAACCAGUUCAAUAAACAUGUCUAGGACUAUGUUAUGAGACUUUUACACAUCUAUUUUCUUUAAACACAUUCAUGUAAAAUACUGCAAAGGCUUGGGAGAGCCAAACUUUUUACCAGCUCCUGGAAAGCAGAGGGAAUUCUGCAGGAAACAUGGGUCACAUGGGUCACGCUGGGGCUCCAGGACUUGUUCAGUCCAAUUUAGGUUUGAGGUAGUGCCACAGUCAGUUCAUGAGCUGAAGGAUGAAGGCACCAGGGUUGAGCUGAAGUUCAGGCAGCUCUGCAGCCUGAUUACUGGCAAGUGAGUUGACUUAAUUAUUAAAAAUAUUUGUUAUUUUGCUUAGCUAAUAGUAACUUGUUUUUUACAGCACAGGAAAUAGCAGAGCAGCUCAGAAGCUGAGGCGCAGUGGGGCAAAGGCAAGAGCCACGGGGCUGCUGCCAGCCCUGCAGGGUGGGGAGAGAAGGACAGGAGAGCUCAGGGCAGAGACCUCAGGAAACACCUUCAAAUUCCCAAGUAAAGCUUUUGCUCAUUUUUCACCCUGUGUUACCCAGCCAUACUUGACCUAAUUUUCCAGCCUGAGCGGUGCAGAAGAGUGUGUGAUGUGCCAUGACAGCUUGCAUAUGUGUUGUUAUAUUUAAAGAUAUCUUCACUUUUUCCUUUCCCUGCUAGACUUGCACUGCAGGGCAGCCUCAGCUCUGGCACACUUGGUGGAAACUGGUGAGCAGGGGAGGGAGUGAGAGAGGGAAAGAUGUUCCAACUAAACAGACUGGGGGGAAAUCAGGGGAAAGGUAGACCGCACUUCAAUAUGCUGGUGCUCAUUUCUGCUUUUUUCCCCUUGUCUUUGAAAUAUUUAAGAGGAAAAAGCUGUGCUCCCUGCCCCUUCCUUGUGGGAUGCAGUGAUAAGAGCAGGACUCCAGAUGGGAUUUUGCUCCUGAUGCAGAGCCAUAAUGCUCUGUAACCUCCAGCCAGUG